AUGGCAUCCGCGAUAGGUCGCAAUGCCCGCGCAUGCAUGGUCUGCUCAGUAGUGCUAGCAUACAAUGAUUUCUACCGCACCGGCUGCCCCAACUGCGAAGCGAUUCUAGGACUGAAGAAUUCACAAGACGCGAUCCAAGAAUGCACAUCUCAAGUCUUCGAGGGGCUGAUUGCAAUGGGUGAUCCUAAGACGUCGUGGGUUGCAAAGUGGCAGAGGUUAACCGAGUAUGAGCCCGGAAUCUACGCUACCAAGGUUGUCGGAACACUGCCGAGGGAGAUUCUCGAGUCGCUCGAGGACAAUGGAAUCAAGUAUAUACCGAGGGAUGGAAGCUCCUUGGAAGAUGACGUGGCUGCUUGA